AAACACUUGACAGAGAUGUCACAUAUUUUUUAGCAGCAGGAAUGAUUUAUCUCUUGUUUCUCAUCUGGAUAACUGUCAGUUUAAGCUUUGCUGAACAAUUUUAUGAUCCAUCUGAUUGUUCUUCCGAUACCAGUCAUCCAGGCUCAAGGUACACCUGCGAUUCUGUCCGACAAUCAUGCAGAACAUACUUAGUCUACAGAGCCAACCAACAUUUUGGACUGCAAAAACUGGUGAAUAUCUCUGCUUUGUUUCGGAUCAACCCUGACGAGUUGCUUCACUUGAACAACAUAGCUUCACCCUCGGAAACUCUGAAACCAGGUAGAGAGGUUCUUCUCCCUAUAACCUGUUUGUGUUCUGGACAGUACUUUCAGGCUGGUUUAAACUACACAGUUCCUGAGAGAACAUCGAUCUCAGAGAUUGCUUGUGGGGUUUUCGAAGGUUUAUCGAAAUCGUUAACGCUGCUCCGGGAAAAUCCAUCUCAAGGGAAUGAUGUUGAGCUUGGUGGUAAGCUUCUUGUUCCUUUGAGAUGUUCCUGUCCUGAUAAUUUCACUGGUGUUAAUCAAGUGAAAUAUCUUGUGACAUACCCUCUCCUGGAAGGAGAUGGAAUAAUCCCAUUAAGCAUGAAGUUUAGCAUCUCUGUCCAUGAUUUAUUAGCAGCUAACCAUUUGGAACCUAAGUCCACUGUUUUUCCCAAUACAACUGUUUUAGUUCCUUUGAAAUCAGAUCCUUCAAUUAACUUCAAUAUACCAGAUUCUCCACCCCCAACCCCAGGUUUUCUUCCCACCGCCACAGUUGAAAAAACAAAGAACACAAAGUUGAAGAACCUGUAUAUUGCAGGAUCAAUUGUUGGGUUUUUGCUGGUUACGGUUGCAUUGCUUGCUUGUGGGCUGUAUGUGAAGGCCUUGAAGAAAUGGAAGGGAGAGAGACUACAGUCUUUUACAGAUAGAAACUCUGUGCUCUCUGGCUCAACAGCUCGAAGCUCUCCUCUAUCGGGACAAACCGGUAGAAGCUCGACCAAUUCUUGUUUAUCUCCUGAUCUUCUAGCUGGGAUUAAAUUUUCUUUGUACAACUAUGGCAUAGAUGAUAUAAAAAGGGUUACAAAUGACUUCAAUGAAGAUACCAAUAAGAUUGGUGAGCAAGUCUACAAGGGGUUGAUUGACAAUGAAAGUGUAAUGAUCAAGCAGAUGAAAUUUGAAGAUAUCCGCCGGGUUAUAGAUAUGCAUUCUAAGAUCAAUCACGUUAACAUUGUGAAUCUCCAUGGUGUUUGUUAUGGUGAAAAUGACUUUACCUGGUCGUAUCUGGUUUUUGAAUUCCCUGCCAAUGGCUGUUUAAGGGAUUGUUUAUCAGAUCAGGCUCAUCGUCUCGACUGGAGUCGAAGGACUCAAAUUGCUUUCGAUGUAGCAACCGUUCUUCAUUAUUUACAUUAUUGUAUUUUCCCUUCGUAUGCUCAUAUGAGCGUGAAUAGCAGGAAUAUAUAUGUGACAUCGAAAUGGAGGGCGAAACUAGCAAAUAUUGGAUCGACUCUUGCUGUCACCUCAUCAACAAGGAAUGAAAACGCCGAUACCGUUGACGGAUUGGUCAUUCCGGAGUACCCCAUGACCAGACCGGCUUCGUUGAAAGUGGAUAUUUUUGCAUUCGGGGUAGUUUUGCUUGAGCUCAUUUCAGGGAAUGACGCUACAAAAGGAACUUUGUUGAAAGAUUCAAUUGGAUUUUUGGGAGGGGGGGAAAAUGAAGGAGGUUGUUUUGAACAAUUGAGGAGCUUCAUCGAUCCAUGUCUGAAAGAUGAAUAUCUACUAGCUGAAGCUUUAUGCUUAGCAGUUCUAGCCAAGGCUUGCAUAGAGGAUGACCCUCUCAGAAGGCCAUCCAUGGAUGAUAUCCUCAAAGUUCUUGGAAGAAUGGUGUGAUAUUAUUUCAAAACUCUAUACUUUUUUAAAUUUGUGCUUUCAUAUAAAGCAAGUAUUGAUGUUGAUAGAUAUAUUUUGAGCAUAUAUCUCAUUAUCUUGAGGAUAUAAAGAGAUAGAAAAUAAA